GCCGCGAAGGUGACACAGCAGUCAAAGAUGAAGCUUUUAUUUUUAAGCACCUUCAGCCUCUUUGUUUUAACAUCCUUUGACCAAGCUGAGUCAUCUUACUAUGACAAGAUAGUGACACAUAGUCGCAUCAGAGCAAAGGAUAAGGGACCUAAUGUGUGCGCCCUUCAGCAAGUGGUCGGGACUAAAAAGAAAUACUUCAGCACUUGUAGAAACUGGUAUCACAAGUCCAUCUGCGGCAAAAAAGCGCUCGUCUUGUAUGAAUGUUGCCCAGGUUACAUGAGGCUUGAUGGAGGGCGUGGGUGCCCAGCAGUUUCCCCUAUUGAUCAUGUCUAUGGUACGUUGGGCAUUGUGGGUGCCACAAACACACAGAAUUAUGCAGAUAGAUCCAACCUAAGAGAAGAGAUCGAAGGAGUUGGGACUUACACAUUCUUUGCACCAAGUGACGAAGCCUGGAUGUUGCUGGAUUUUGAGAUUCGUGAUGCACUGCUAAGCAAUGUGAACAUCGAACUGCUCAAUGCUCUACAUUACCACAUGGUGAAUUUCCGCUUAUUAACGAAGGAUAUGAAGAAUGGAAUGACUGUGCCCUCAAUGUACAAUGAUCUCAAUAUUCUCAUCAAUCAUUAUCCAAAUGGGAUUGUUACAGUGAACUGUGCAAGAAUAAUUUAUGCAAAUCAAAUUGCAACUAAUGGUAUUGUACACGUAAUUGACCGAGUUAUUACAGCAGUUGGUAAUACCAUAGAGGAAGUCAUUGAAGAUACUGAGGAGCUUUCAUCUCUCAGAGCUGCUAUUGCCGCUUCAGGGCUGUUUGAAACCCUUAGCAAAGGUGGUCAUUACACAAUCUUUGCUCCAACCAAUGAAGCUUUUGAUAAGCUUCCACGACAGGUUCUAGAACGCAUCCUGAGUGACCCCGUGGCACUAAAAGCUCUGCUGAACUACCACGUUCUUGACUCUGUCCAAUGUUCAGAAGCUAUUAUGUAUGGUUCAACAUAUACUACCUUGGAAGGAUCAAAUUUAGAGAUUGGAUGCGAUGGUGAUAGUCUAACUGUUAAUGGACAAAAGAUGGUAAAUCGUAAAGACAUCGUGACAAGCAAUGGUGUGAUACACUUAAUUAGUCAAGUGCUGAUUCCAGAUGCAGCUAUGCAGAUCUUUGAUUUGACAAGCAACAAGCAAUCAGUAUUUUAUGACUUUGUGAAGGAAACUGGAAUUUCUGCUGCUUUCACUGAUGAAGAUUACACCCUACUUGUUCCUAUCAAUGAUGCCUUCACUGAGGAAAUUAUGGGACUUGAUCGACGAUAUCUGAAAGGAAUCCUAGAAAAUCAUAUUCUAAAAGUAAAGGUGGUCCUCAAUGAGUUGUACAAUGGGCAAAGACUGGAGACAAUGGGAGGAAAUUUCCUCAGAGUUUUUAUCUACCGCACUGCAGUUUGCAUUGAGAAUUCCUGCUUGACCCGAGGCAGUAGGGAGGGAAGGAAUGGUGUGUUGUACACAAUAAGAAAGGUCAUCUUUCCUGCAGAGAAGUCAAUGCUGCAAAUUCUGAGAGAGGAUCCUCGCUUUAGCAUUUUCCUGAGCCUAGCAGAAUCUGUUGGGUUGACUGAAGUACUCACUGAAGGAGGAGACUGGACGUUAUUCGUUCCAACCAAUGAUGUAUUUGAAAGUCUUACGGAAAGUGAGCUGGAGGAGUUGACAAGAGACAAAAAUGCUCUCAGGCACAUUCUGUUGUAUCACCUCCUCAAGGGAGUUUACAUUGGAGGUGGCAUUGAAAAUGGAGUUACAAAUGUGCUGAAAUCAUUCCAGGGCAGCAGAGUUAUGAUAAAACUGCUGAACAACACAAUGUUGGUGAAUAAUGUGAAGUCCAAGGAAUCUGAUCUUAUGGCCAACAAUGGCGUUAUUCAUGUGGUCAGCUCUUUACUCUUUCCAAAAGAUCUUCCCGUUGGAAGCGACUAUUUGCAGAGAAUUCUCACAAAAAUAAUCAAGACUAUAGAGAUAAAGUUUACCCCAGGUUAUACCUACAGGGAAAUCAAACUACCCAUCAUCAAAACUAAGGUCACAGAAAUUACAAGAAUUGUUACAACUAAACCAGAAAUAAAACUAUUUAGUGGAAAGGUCAUUCAAAGCGGAACGAGUGAUGCUGAUGCUGAGGCCCUUUCCAAACUUAUUGAAGGAGCUUCAACAGGCUCCUCUUCCACGUUCACUACAUUUAGGAUUGAGGGUCAACCACUGCGUGAACAUGAACGAGAAAUCACCAGAGUUAUUCAUGGAGCUGGGUCAAGAAGGACAAGGCAUGCAAUGAAGAGACUCCCACGAAGAAGAAAAGAUACAGGCUUAAAGAAGAUAUGAAACUUUUGCUCUGAAAAUGGAGGACAUCCAACCAAAGAAGAAGACUUUAAGUUAAGAUCGAGGCACAGCCUACAGCAAUCUCAGAUGAGAAGGAUGUCAGUUUUGCACAUGUCACAAAAUUCCUAUCAGUUCACAUGAAUGUUGAAUAACAAAAACCAAAAAAAAACAUGAAAUCCUCAAUUUCCUAAUGUUUUGCAAAGAUUUUGCGGUAUGUUUUAGAAAUAAAAUUGGUUAGAUUCUGGAGGCUUUUCAUUGGUACUAUUGGAAAAUUAAAUCAGGGAUGUUAUAAAAUGUAAAAUGGGUAAUUUACUAAAUAGUGAUUUAUUUGUAUCACUUAUUCCAAGUAAUAGCAGGUUCUUUUUUCUGUCAUUAAAAAUGUGACCUAUCUGAAAAAUAUCAUAUCUUCCAGUUUUAUCAGUGGUAGGAUAUUAAUAAGCACAGCAGGAAUCUGUACAAGAACAUAUCAAUUUGCUUAAAAAGAUUAAAAAUUAGUUUAUCUUUUCUAUUAGUUUCCAUUUUUGAAGCUAGGCUUAGUAAAUGCAGAUAAGGAACUGGCUAAUGCAUUGAAACUGAUAUCCUGCAAUGUUAAGAUUAAAAGUUAGUGUCACUGCUUGCUCUAGUAACUCUAUGGGUUAUUUCUGACAUGCAUUUUGUAUUAAGGCAUAAAAAGCUUUGCAAUUCACAAACAGAUUCAGGUUGUUUGUACUUAUAUAAAUUGAGUUGUAUUAACAUUUUUUCCAAACUUUUUUGUAUCAAUGAAAGACUUGUUCUUUAUUCCUGCAUUUUGCAUUUUGAAUCCUGCCUUGAUGCAAUUUUUUAGGAAACUAUUUUUAAUCGUGCCUAAAAGUUCAUGAAAAUAUGCUGAACUUGGUGCUUUCUUUUGUAUUUUCUUUUGGAAGCAAUUAUUCAUUAAAGGAUAUUUCCUCA